CCUGGGCUUGGGGGUGUGUGUGUUUGUGUAUUUGUGCGUGUUUGGGGAGGGGGUGAUCACGUGACUGCCAGUCGCUCCAAUCUGGGUACCAUUUAAGCCCAGUGCACCCAAGAGGGAAAAUCAAUGAGCGAAGUGACCACUCUGCCCUGGCCUUGCAAAGGACUGCGGAGUCGGAGGCCGGGGAAGGGUGAGCCGAGUGCACCGGGGAAGAGGAGAGGCGAGGACGCCGUUCGCCCCUGCUUGGCCGCUGGGGGCCGCAGUCACCUUCAGCUUAGGGGAGCGGGGAGACGCGAACCCCUUUGGCGGCUCCGGCCGCCGGGCUCCCUCCAGCGCACAGCCUCGGCUCGCUCACCCCCAGAGCUGCAGCCGCGACCCGGGACCGAGCGGACGUCGCCUUCCCCGAGCUCUGGCUGGGCCCCCAUCCCGCCCUACCCGGCCGCAGCCUCCAGACAGGCAGCCACUCGGCGCGUCUGCCGCGCCCCUCCCGGGCCCGCCCCCUCCGUCCCCCGGGUGCGCGCAGUCGCUGCCCGUGCGCCCUGCCUGCCAGCGCGCCCCGGGCGGGCGAAGAUGAGGAAGCUGAGCCGAGUUCUCUGCCGCCCGCUUCCCGGCCCGCGCCGCUCACCGCCCGCAAGCCCGUGACGCGGCGGCGCCGGCCGAGACACAAAGACCGCGGCUGGGGCCGCCCGGGGGCUGAGGCCACGUCCCGGGGCCGCUGCGAGCCAGAGCGCCAUGCGAGCCGGUGCCGUCCGCCCGCUGCCCGGGAGAAGCCCGAGCGCCCGCCUUCGCCGCCGUGCGCCGGCCCCAGUCCCGGCUGCAGCCCGGUGGGCGCCGCGCAGGUGAAGGCAGAGCCCGACCCGGGGCGGCCGAGGCCACAGCCGCCCCAGCCCCCGGGGUGCGGCCUCUGGUGCGGACCCCGGGGUGUCCGAGAGGCGGCGGGGCCCGGCGGGUUCCGGAGUCUUCCCGAGCCGCGGCGUCUGAGGCCGGGCUGACCCCGGCGGGAAAGAAGUGGGAGCCCCGCAGGGCGGCGUGGGCCCGGCGCCGGGGGAGCCUCGGAGAGCUGACUCGAAGUUUCAGUGUCAUCAGCGAGGCUUUGAAAUUCUAAAUGAUGGAGACCAAUCAGGAAACUUCCCUCUUCUUGGUGAAAAUCUUGGAGGAACUGGACAGCAAGCAAAAUACCGUUUCCUACCAGGACCUGUGCAAAUCCCUGUGCACCCGUUUUGAUCUGUCCCAGCUCUCCAAACUGAGAAGCGUCCUCUUCUACACGGCUUGUCUCGAUCCCAAUUUUCCAGCCACGUUAUUCAAAGACAAGAUGAAAUGCACCGUGAACAACCAGCAAUCGAAGAAAAUCAUGGUGGCGGCAGAUAUCGUGACGAUAUUCAACCUCAUCCAGAUGAACGGGGCUACAGCCAAAGAGAAGCUCCCCAGCGGCCGGCAGAAGAUGCGCAAGAAGGAGGCGGCCUUUGACUUGGGCCGCUCGGACACGGAACUCUGCACCGCAGCCCAGUGUGAGUCCCUCAGCUGCGAGCUGAGCGACCAGCCUUUCAGCCGGGGCUACCCCACCCACCAGUCUUCCAAAUGCUGCAAGAUGGACUGCAAGGACUGCCCGCAGUUUGUACCUGCCUCCGAGCCCAACUUCCUGCUGGGGGUCAGCAAAGAUGUGAAAAACCGGGCGGCUUCCCUGGACAGGCUGCAGGCUCUGGCCCCCUACUCGGUGGCCAGCCCUCAGCCCUGCGAGAUGCAGAGAACCUAUUUCCCCAUGAACAUCGAGAGCGAGUCCAUGUCCGAUCAGGACUCCCUGCCCCUCACCCAGGGCAUCAAGGAGACUUUCAUCUCUAAUGAGGAGCCCUUCGUGGUCCAGUCCUGCGUCCAGAAAAGGAACAUCUUCAAAGAGGAGUUUCACAACCUGAUGACUGUGUCCCCCGAGUUGGCCAGCCCCGCCAACAAGGCUGAGGGCGAGCACGGGAAACCCCAGGGCCGCAAGGAGUCCCACAAGACACCCUUCCCCAAUCACAGCUUUGAGAUGCCCUACAACAGCCAGUACCUGAAUCCCGAGUACUCCCCUGUUCCUGACAAAAGGCGGGCAAAGCACGAGAGCUUAGAUGACCUUCAAGCCUCCACGUAUUUUGGACCCACUCCAGUGAUGGGGACCCAGGAGGCCAGGCGCUGUCCCGGGAGGCCGGGUAAGCAGACCCCCUGGCCGGCCAAAAGCUGGAGCCUAAACACUGAAGAAGUUCCUGACUUUGAACGGUCCUUUUUCAAUAGAAAUCCCUCCGAGGAGAAGCUCCGCUAUCCAAAUCCCAGCAGCCAGACCGCCAACUUCCCAACCCCAGACAGGCGCCCAGCUUACCUCAUGCCGCAGGAGCAACAGCCAAUGCUCCCCGUCGGCUACGCGGCCAAGCCAAACGGGCUCAAAUCUAAAGAGAUCUCGUCCUCCGUUGACCUGGAGAAGCAUGAACCGGUCAAAAAGUUUAAAGACAAGAGCAUUAGCUGCACCAGCAGGCAGCUCAGCUCAGACACCAGUAGCGUGGGCACCCAGACCGAGCAGCACGUCCUGGAGCCCAAGAAAUGCAAAGACUUGUGUGCCUCUGGGCAGGGCAAGUACAGUGACAGGCACGCCAUGAAGCAGUCAGAUGACGACUCGGAAGUCGUCAGUGAUGACAUCAGUGACAUUUUCCGAUUUCUUGAUGACAUGAGCAUCAGUGGCUCGACGGGAGUGAUGCAGUCAUCCUGCUACAACAGCACAGGAUCUUUGUCCCAGCUUCACAAGUCGGACUGUGACAGUUCACCGGAGCACAACCUAACCAAAAUCGCCAACGGGCUCCCCAGCAGCAAAGGAGAAAAGGGCAACCGGCCUGAAAACAGCCACCACUCGGAAGAGGAAUUGAAGACCAGUGUGUGCAAACUGGUGCUCAGGAUCGGUGAAAUUGAACGGAAGCUCGAAUCGCUGUCGGGUGUCCGCGAGGAGAUCUCCCAGGUCCUGGGCAAGCUCAGUAAGCUGGAUCAGAAGAUACAGCAGCCCGAGAAGGUGAGUGUGCAGAUAGAUCUGAAUUCCCUGACCAGCGAGGCUCCGUCCGAUGAGAGCGCCUCUCCCCGGAUGUUCCGUGCACACAAUGGUUCCCACGGGCCCAAACUGGAGAACUCGGCCGACUGGUGCUCCUCAGACGCCAGCGGAAGCAACAGCGAAAGCCUUCGUGUCAAGGCGUUAAAAAAAAGCCUCUUCACCAGGCCAUCCUCCAGGUCCCUGACGGAGGAAAACAGCGCCACAGAGUCCAAAAUCGCCAGCAUCUCCAAUUCGCCCAGGGACUGGCGCACCAUCACUUACACCAACCGCGUGGGCGUCGGAGAGGAGGAUGUGAAAGACAGAGGCCCUGGGGAAAGUAAGGACUGGCAUCGAAAAUCUAAAGAGGCAGACAGGCAGUAUGACAUCCCCCCGCAGCACCGACUGCCCAAGCAGCCCAAAGACGGCUUCCUGGUGGAGCAGGUGUUCAGCCCUCACCCCUACCCCGCCUCCCUCAAGGCCCACAUGAAGAACAACCCUCUGUACACAGACAUGCGGCUGACGGAGCUGGCGGAGGUGAAGCGGGGCCAGCCUUCCUGGACCAUCGAGGAGUAUGCUCGCAACCCAGGCGAGAAGGGCAAGCUGACAGCCCUGGACCUGCAGACUCAAGAAUCUUUAAACCCAAACAACUUAGAAUACUGGAUGGAAGAUAUUUAUACUCCAGGCUACGACUCAUUACUGAAAAGGAAAGAAGCCGAGUUCAGACGAGCCAAGGUCUGCAAGAUCGCUGCUCUGAUCGCUGCAGCGACGUGCACAGUCAUCCUGGUCAUCGUCGUGCCCAUCUGCACGAUGAAAUCAUGAGCCACUGGACGUGCAACGUUGCCUACGGCUCAUGACGACCGACGUCUCCCUCUGUAGUUUAAAAUCACGUGCCAGUGGGGCCACGGUUUUUUGAAAUAGAAAUCACAGAGGCUUUUCUGCAAACACUGACGAUGGCCUUCAGAAAGUAUACAUUCUAGAGAGAUAUCUACCUACCUAUUAGCUUUGACUUAAUUCCAUGGAUGAAUUUUAAGAGUGCAAUAUCUUUUCCUACCAAAAGAAUGUAAUGGACUACCAGUAGAUACAAACUGAAUUCCAAGCAAAAAAAACAGAGGAAGAUUAAUUGGUUGGAUUCUUUCCAUUUUGAUGAACUUUCAUGGCGGGGAAUAUGUUAUAGAGGAGAUGGUUAAUCCAUGCCUUUUUUAGGGAAGCUAAGGGAGAUAGCAAGAUGAGAAUAAAAAAAAAAAAAAGCAUGGGUUCUCUUUCCCUUAAUGUUCUUAGACCAUCACUGGCAAAGAAACAGGGUAUGUAUCCAUAAAGGGGGUUACUUCUCUGCUGACUUUUAUCAAGGGCUACCGACUUUUCAUUCUUGCCCUUCUGUCAUCAUUACAGUCUUCAUUGCACAUCUUCAUGGAAACGUUCUGGACCUUCUUCCUGGUGCCCCGGGUAGGAAGGUGCUGGACUGUCAAAUCAGGCAUGGCGUGAAGUGUGCUCUCUGCUCAAUAGGCCAAGGUAUUCAGGCCAGGAGACCUUCCUGUGCCCACCUCAAGGUGUGGGAGAGUUGCUUGCUCACGACGUACGAUCGAUAUCUGAAAGUCACGGCAUCCCAAAGGGUCUCCCAUUCUUGCUCUGCUGUGUGGUUCCUCUCAAUCUUCUGUCUCCUGGUGGUACCCGUUGCUCUGCUUCUCACACAUGAGUUGAAGAAUUUGGAACUUGUCCUUGUGCCUUGAAGAGUAGAGACAAUGGCUGAACUUUCACAUUCUAACUAUAAACCACGGUUUCCGUGCACCACUAAUACCAACCAUUUCCAAUGGCUUUAAAAAUUUUUUGAAAGCUUGUCAAUAAUACGACAAAGGCUGUGAGGUAUUCUCAACUACCCCAACACCUACUCCAGAGUUUUGAAUACUUGUCAGCUGUGCAAAAAAAAAAAAUGAUCUAUUUAACCGUUUAUCUAUCUAUAAUGUCUAUCUAAAUACCUAAGUUUGUUUAUUGUCAUCUCUGUUAAAUAACUUGAGAGCAAGGUUUCUCCAGUGUAAGGAAGCCGUUGUAAUUUCAUUAGAAUUUGAUCUCAGUUUCCACCUGCUGAAUGGUGCUUUGACAUAAUUGGACGGAAAGAAUCCUUUUCGGCAUUUGAUCCUACUGUCUUGUUACAGGUUAAAGAAAAACGAUUGAUAGAAACUAGCUACCUUAAUUCUUCUGAGAACAAGGUGGAUUAUAAAUAAAUGCUGGUGGUGAGAAUCAUCACUCUGGAUGAUAUAAUACACUCCUGAAAGAGAGGUUUGGGAAGCAUCUCAGAUUUUAAAGCAAUAGGCGUUCAGCUUCCAUCCUAAAAUCUUCCAAAUAAUGCUUAGCUUGUUGGGUCGAAUCCUAUUGUUCACUGUAAAGGGUAGUCAGAACCUUUCAUGUUGUUAAUAAAUAAGGGAUGGAUGCUUUCAUCUGUAGUGAACCUUCGUUUUUAGACGUCUUCAUGUCACCUAUUUCUAGUCUCACGUGUAUGUACAGAUUUUCAGCUAGGUGACUGCAAUUUAAGCCUUAGUAUGGAAAACUGAGGAUUUAUCAUUGAAAAUGAAAAAAUAUAUAUAUUACUGUCUACUGUCAGAAUUUUAGUCUUUUGGUGCUCUGUUUGGGGUCGGGCACAUUCAGUAAGGUGGUUUCUUUCACCCCAAAAGGGAUUCUAGAUGAAUACCCUCGGGAGUUGGGUGUUGCCAUCCCAGCUCUCCUCCCAACCAGUACGGCUCUAGAACACAUCCCAGUCCUGCCACUGUCACCUUUAUCACAGGUUAAGCCACGAGAGCAGCAGAGAUGGGUUGUUCCCAAUCUCUUGCUCUAUGAUUGGCAGAGAAGUGGAGAUGCAGUUACCCAGGAUAAGAAAAAUUUGUCAAAUCCCUUUCGGACUCCUUCAUUUGCCAGGUAGGAUCAUGGUGGAUGGACCAAA